AUGGCUACAGACGAGGGUCUGACCACACAGCACCUGAAGAAAGCCAAGUUGAUGUUCUUCUACACUCGCUACCCGAGUUCCAACGUACUCAAAACCUUUUUCUCCGAUGUCCAGCUCACUCGGUGUAUCACGUCCCAGCUGAUUAAAUGGUUCAGUAACUUCAGAGAGUUCUACUAUAUUCAGAUGGAGAAGUUUGCCCGGCAGGCCCGAGUGGAGGGAGUUAACAGUGUGAGGGACGUAGCAGUGAGCAGAGACUCGGAGCUCUUCAGAGCCCUCAACAUGCACUACAACAAGGCCAAUGACUUUCAGGUCCCCGACAGGUUUCUUGAGGUGGCUGAGAUCACACUACAGGAGUUUUACAUUGCCAUCUCUCUGGCCAGAGACUCAGACCCAUCCUGGAAGAAAGUCAUCUAUAAGGUUAUCUGUAAACUGGACAGUGACGUACCGGCUGAAUUCAAAGCCCCCUUCACAACGUAGAAAGAGCCAGACAAGAGAGUUUAACCCAGGAUGAUUGGCGCUGUAUUAAAAUAUAUAUAUAUAUUUCCCUGCAUGUCCCACUGAAUUUAAGCAUCCUUCAAAAAGCUCACCUCACAACAUAGACCUUUUUUGCAAUUUGAUUUCCACGAUUCCUCUCCUUUAAAAAAACAAAAACAAAUUAGGGAAGAGGAAACUUGUAAACAAAUGAGGAAACUUGUAAACAAAUGCAUGGGUAAGAAAAUACUCCUAUAGUCAGAGAGGUGUGUUUAAUCCUUUUAUGUAUACAUAUUCUCUCUUAGUGCCAGAGGACUCUACUGAAUAUGUGUCACUAUCAAUGUUGACAGUUCUGGAUAAAAGCAUCUGCAAAAUACCAUAUUAACCGCAGUAGACCUACAGCUAAAAUACCAUAUUAA